GUCAGCAACAAGAAGGAGGGUGGAUCAGCUCUGUAUUUUACCUCUCCCAGCAAACAGUAAGCUUCAAUACUGUUUCUACUAUGGAGAAGAAUAUGACCAUUGAGAAAACCGUUUCACCCAAACAAAUCCCAGCCAGCACUCAGCUGAACAUGGAGGGUGACCAAAAAGAAAACAAAGAAGUCUUGAAUGGUCAAGCCAACGGCAAAGAGCCUACUGAGAGUACACCUCAACUCACUGGUGGCCCAGAAGUAGAAGAGGUAAUGUGUGAUUCGUGUAUCGAGACACCUCUCAAGGCAUCCAAAUCUUGCCUGACCUGCAUGGUGUCCUACUGUGAGGAGCACCUAAGGCCACAUCUGGAGAACAGCAAAUUUCAGAGCCAUAGGUUAGUGGAGCCUCAACUGGACAUGGAGCAGCGGACGUGCGAGCACCACCAGAUGGAACUGCAGAUGUACUGUAUGAAAGACAGCUGCUGCAUUUGUCCACAAUGCAAGACGGAAGGACACCAAGGACACCAAAUUACCUCAGUAGAUGAGGCGCGUAAACAUAUUGAGAAUGAGCUACAACAGAAACAAAAGGAAAUGCUGAAAACCUUAACAGCAGCAGAACAGGCCAUGGACAAGCUACAGAGCAACUCAGCAUCCAUUGAAAACUCAGUGGUCGGGGUUCAGGCUGAAAUCGAGCAGCAGUUCUUAAUUUUGCAAAGCGCGCUUGACGAUGCCCGAAAGAAAGCAUCUGACCUUCUGGAAGGGGAACACAAGCAGGCAUUAAGUCAGGCAGAAAGCAUCAAUAGUCACCUGAAGCAGAAGACUCUUGAGCUGAAGAAGACCAUGGGUCAAGUGGAGCGAUUUUCAAAGAAUAAGAAUCAUGUGGAUUUUUUACAGGAAUACACAGAGUGGAAAAAGAGCUCGGUGGAUGUGUGCUUACCUGGAAUAUACAUCAGCCUCAUAGACCGACUGACCACUUUUAGUCAUGUUGUAAAAAAAUCAACUCAGGCCAUUUGUGAUCUGCUGCUGUCCACCUACAAUGUCCAGCUCAAGGAACUUUGUAAACGUGAGACACUAGGUAUUAAGACUUUGGUGCACCCAAGUUCUACAAUCAAGAGGCAAGCAUUUGCUCCUGAACCUGUGACUAGAGACGACUUUCUUAAAUAUGCCGUCAACCUGAGUUUUAAUCCUGACUCCACACACAAGUUCCUGAGACUCACCGAAGACAACAGAAAAGCCAGCAACACCACGCCCUGGCAACACAGUUACCCUGACACACCUGAACGCUUUGAGCACUGGAGACAGGUGAUGACCUCGGAAAGCCUCUACGUAGGCCGCCAUUACUUUGAGGUGGAACUAAGUGGAGAGGGUGCUUAUGUGGGUCUUACAUACAAAAGCAUUGAUCGUAAAGGUCAAGAAAGCAGCAGCUGUAUCACAGGCAAUGACUUUUCAUGGUGCAUUGGACGGGACAGCCAUGGUUUCGAAGCAUGGCACUCUGAUGUCAAAACGUCUCUCGAAGAGGAGAAUUUUCACAAGAUUGGAUGCUACAUAGACUAUGAAAAGGGGUUUCUGGCCUUUUAUGGUAUAGCUGAGUCUAUGAAACUUCUUAAUAAAUGUACUGUUAGCUUCCGGGAGCCAUUAUAUCCUGUCUUUUGGCUCUCUAAGAAGGACAAUGCGGUUGUUCUAGUUAAGCCAGGAUCAAGUUCAGACAUACAACAAUAAAAUAAACCAUGUAAAAAAA